CUCUUCUCACGCUCGAAGCUCCCGGCCGUGAACAAGUGCCGCCGACUCUCAUCCCGCUCCUCGCCGACGGGAGCAAUGGACGGCGCGAGAGCAGCAGAGGAAAAAGGGCGAGACCAGGGCGGGACCAGGCGAGCUGCAGGCAAAGCAGCCACGAUUUUGGCCCUAACUGAUUAGAUUAAAUCGUCUGAGCUCACACGCCUGCCUUUUUUCUUCUCCCCCCCUCUCUCAUCGUUACCACCAACAACAAUCGACGUCCGACAAGAUGGGACAGAACGUCUUUGCACCUUCGAUCUUUUUCAUCACGUUCCGCGAGUCUCUCGAGGCUGCUCUCGUUGUGGGCACGCUCAUGGGCAUGCUUGAAUCCCUGGCUCACGACCUGCUGCCCGACUCCAAGUCGAGCUCUGCUUCCUCUACGGUCGGCAACAGCGAGGAGAGCAAGGAAGCUUCCACGCCCAACGGCAGCAGCGAAGAGCGCAAGGAGGCUAUCGGGCCCAACGACAGCACCUCGUCGACCAACGUCAAUGGCAACGCCGACGCUGAGAUUGACGCGAACCAUGCCGAGCGACGUGUCCUGAUCAAGAAGCUGCGCAAACUCGUUCUCCUCGGUGCCGGCUGCGGUCUGGGCAUCGCCUUCAUCAUUGGUGCCAUCUUCCUGGCCGUCUUCUACACUCAGUCCAAUGAUUUGUACGCCAAGGCCGAAGAGCUCUGGGAGGGCAUCUUCUGCCUCAUCGCCACGCUGCUCCUCACGCCCAUGUCCCUCGCCAUCCUUCGCGCCGAUCAAUCCAAGGCAAAGUGGCGUCGCAAGAUGAACAAGGCCUUCGCCGGCAAGCUCAACUCGUCUCAGGUCGAAGACAAUAUCGCCGUCGCUGGCAUGGUGCAGCGCGUCGAGUCCAAGGACGUGCCCGCUACCACGCCUGCCUCGGAGCGUGUGCCACACCUCACCAACGCCGAGACUGGCAAAGCUUCUCUGGGCUCGCGCAUCCUUGAGGCUAUCAAGGCCCCCUUCCGCAAAGCCAACCGUGGCAGCACCAUCCUCUUCACCAUUCCCUUUGUCACCACCCUCCGUGAGGGACUCGAGGCAGUGGUCUUUGUCGGUGGCGUAUCGCUCGGCCUUCCUGCAACCUCGAUCCCCCUCGCCGCCAUCGUCGGGCUCGCCUGCGGCUUCCUCAUUGGCUACAUCGUCUUCCGUGCUGGUGGCUUUGGCAAGAUCAAGAUCUUCCUGCUCUUCUCGACGUGCCUCCUUCUCCUCAUCGCUGCAGGACUCUUCUCGCGCUGCAUCUACUACUUCCAGUUCUACCGCUACGUUCAAAAGGUCGGAGAUGGCGCAGCAGAGGGAGGAGACGGCAACGGAAGCUUCGAUGCCCUCAACUACGUAUUCCAUUUAGAUUAUGCGAAUCCCGAGAACAACGAUGGAGGCUGGGGAUUGCUCAACGCUCUCGUAGGCUGGAACAACACGGGUACGCUUGGCUCGAUCCUGGGCUACGUCUUCUACUGGAUCGUCGUCGUGGCGUGGCUCGUGUACAUCAUGGCCAAGGAGAAGCGUCUUCCCGGCCAAAAGAAGCAAGCCGUAGUCCUUUAAGCGCGCGCUUUCCCUCACCCUUCACCCUCCACCAUUGCACCCUCCUCCUUCUGUCGCUAGUUUAUCGUCGAUUGAAAUUCAUCCCCCACCGUCACCGUCUG